AGUAUAAGAAGCACAACCCGGCCGUUUACCGUCCGUUGUCUUCCCUCUCUUUUCCAUCAUCCUGUCUCCAAGCAACACAGACACCACCCGCUCCAGAUAGUGUAGACCAGCACCAGCAAAUCAACCAUCAGGUUGGCUGAUUCGCCUUUCUACCCUACCUGCCCCACCACAACACCAUCUGCCUUGUUUCCUGCCUCCCCAGCAGCCAUCGCGAGUCCGCGAGCCCCUCGCACCAUGCCUGACGACGAAGUCGCGAGCAUACGGGCGUACGGCCCUGCUCGAUCCACCGUCAAGGGCGAGCCCCUCAGCAAGGAGGAGCUCGAGAAGUACAAUGACACCUUCAAGGCCGCCAUGUACCUCUGCCUCGGCAUGAUCUACCUCCGCAAGAACCCUCUCCUCCGCGAGCCGCUGGCCCUCGACCAGAUCAAGGGCCGCCUUCUCGGCCACUUUGGCAGCACCCCCGGCCAGGCCUUCACCUGGAUGCACUUUAACCGCCUGAUCAAGAAGUACGACCUGGACUCCAUCUUCAUCUCGGGUCCUGGCCAUGGCGCCCCUGCCGUGCUGGCAAUGUCCUACAUCGAGGGCGUCUACUCCGAGGUCUACCCCGACAAGUCCGAGGACGAGGAGGGCCUCCAGAACUUCUUCGGCUGGUUCUCUUUCCCCGGUGGCAUCGGCUCCCACGCCACGCCCGAGACCCCGGGCAGCAUCCACGAGGGCGGCGAGCUCGGCUACUCGGUCUCGCAUGCCUUUGGCGCCGUCUUUGACCACCCCAACCUGAUCGCUCUGACCAUGGUCGGCGACGGCGAGGCCGAGACGGGCCCGCUGGCCGCUGCUUGGCACAGCACCAAGUUCCUCAACCCCAUCGUCGACGGCGCAGUCCUACCAGUCUUGCAUCUAAACGGCUACAAGAUCAACAACCCCACCCUUCUCGCCCGCAUCAGCCAUCGGGAGCUCGAGUGCCUGUUCAUUGGCUACGGCUGGCAGCCCUACUUUGUCGAAGGUGACGAGAUCGACUCGAUGCAGCAAGCCAUGGCCGCCACACUCGAGCACUGCGUCGUCGAGAUCAGGAAGAUCCAAGAGGAGGCCCGCACUUCGGGCAAGGCCGUGCGCCCGUUGUGGCCCAUGAUCGUUCUGCGGACGCCCAAGGGCUGGACCGGACCGCGCAAGAUCGACGACAAGUACAUGGAGGGCUACUGGCGAGCACACCAGGUGCCCAUCACCGAUGUCCGCACCAACCCGGCGCAUCUCAAGCUGCUCGAGGAGUGGAUGCGCAGCUACGAGCCCGAGCGCCUCUUCGACGCCAACGGCAAGCUCGACCCGAGCCUCAAGGCCCUCUGCCCCACGGGCACGCGCCGCAUGAGCGCCAACCCCAUCACCAACGCGGGCGCCGGCCUGCGCAAGCCGCUGCGGCUGCCCGAUUUCCGCAACUACCAGACCAAGGUGGACAAGCCGGGCGCCGUCAUGGACUCGAGCAUGCAGAACAUGGCGGGCUACCUCCGUGACGUGGUCGCCAGCAACCCGACCAACUUCCGCCUCUUUGGCCCGGACGAGACCGAGUCCAACAAGCUUGGCAAGGUAUACGAGGCCGGCAAGAAAGUUUGGCUUGCGGAAUCCUUUGAUGAAGAUGACGACGGCGGCAACCUGGCCACUGAAGGUAGGGUCAUGGAGAUCCUAUCAGAGCACACUUGUGAGGGUUGGCUUGAGGGCUAUACCUUGACCGGCCGCCACGGUCUGCUCAACAGCUACGAACCCUUCAUCCACGUCAUAGACUCCAUGGUGAACCAGCACUGCAAAUGGAUCGAGAAGUGCAACGAGGUUGAGUGGAGGAACAGCAUCUCCAGCCUCAACAUCCUGCUCACCUCCAUCGUUUGGCGUCAAGAUCACAACGGCUUCACCCAUCAGGACCCCGGCUUCCUCGAUGUCGUGGCCAACAAGAGCCCCGAGGUCGUCCGCAUCUACCUGCCGCCUGACGGCAACUGCCUCCUUUCUUGCAUGGACCACUGCCUGGCAUCGUCCAACUACGUCAACGUGAUUGUUUCGGACAAGCAGGAGCACCUGCAGUACCUCAACAUGGAUCAGGCAGUCGAGCACUGCACCAAGGGUAUCGGCAUUUGGCCGCAGUUCUCGACCGACGCCGGCGAGGAGCCCGAUCUCGUCAUGGCUUCGUGCGGUGAUAUCAGCACCCACGAGACGCUGGCCGCCAUCGACCUACUGCUGCAGCACUUCCCCGACCUCAAGGUCCGCUACGUCAACGUUGUGGAUCUCUUCAAGCUCAUCUCGCCGUCGGACCACCCCCACGGCCUGACUGACAGCGAGUACAUUUCCCUCUUCACCAAGGACAAGCACGUCAUAUUCAACUUCCACUCGUACCCGUGGCUGGUCCACCGCCUCACCUACAAGCGCCCGGGUGCUGCCGAGCACCUGCACGUGAGGGGUUACAAGGAAAAGGGCAACAUCGACACCCCGCUGGCGCUGGCGAUCCGGAACCAGACUGAUCGCUUCUCUCUGGCCAUCGAUGCCAUUGACCGCAUGGCCCCCACACUGAACAACCGCGGCUCCUCGGCCAGGCAGACGCUGCUCAACGCGCAGAUCUCGGCCAGGAAUCAGGCAUUCGAGGAUGGCGUCGAUCCCGACUUCCUGAGCAAGUGGACGUGGAAGCGCAACGGUCUGUGGGACAAGGCUAUGCACCUUGCAGGGGGUAGAUAAAAGCCGGAUAGAGGCAGACUGAGGCGUUGCGGGUGACCCUGGAGGUCUUUAUGGGCGUUUGUUUACUUUCUCGGUUUUCUUUCUCCUUUUGCCCUUGCUUCUGACUUGCUUGAGUUUUUCUCCCCUCGAUUUCCCCUACAGCCUUCCAGACAGCACUUAGACAUGCCCGUGCGCUGUUCUUUUUUAGGUACUUAAAACGAGCUCUGCUUUGACAAUGA